AUGGAACUGAAGCUUCUUUUGGCCCUCGGCCUGCCCAUCAUGCCGGCGGCCGCCGAGACCGUCCUCGGCAUCUACGUCUUCCACCGCCACGGCGACCGCACCGCCAAGAAGACCCCGCCCGUCCGCUUCACCGACCUCGGCGCCUACGAGGUCUACACCUCGGGCCUGCACUACGGCGAGCGCUACGUCCGCGACAACGCCACGGCCCAGAUCCGCUCCAUCAGCGCCGACGACGUCCGCCCCGAGCAGCUCGCCGUCACCUCCCCCAGCGACGUCGUCCUGCAGUCCUCGGCCUAUGCCUUCCUCCAGGGCUUCUACCCGCCCGUCGGCACCGCCGACGCCCUCGCCAACGGGUCCAGCGUCGAGGCGCCCCUGGGCGGCUACCAGUACGUCCCCGUCAACGCCCUGGCCACGGCGGCCACCAGCACCGACGCCGAGAGCAGCGGGUGGCUGCAGGGCAGCAGCGGGUGCGGCAAGGCCGUCGUUAGCUCCAACAACUACUUCUCCACGCCCGAGUACGCCGCUCUCGACGCCGAGUCCCGCGACUUCUACCAGGGCCUGCUGCCCGUCAUCAACGGCACCUUCAGCGACAAGGCCGCGUCGUUCGAGAACGCCUACACCAUCUUUGACCUGAUCAACGUCGCCACCAUCCACAACGAGAGCAUUCCCUCGGCGGACCUGCUCACCAACGCCACGAUCCGCACGCUGACCGACUACGCCAACAUCCACGAGUGGAACCUCGCCUACAACGAGUCCGACACCAUCCGCGCCAUCUCCGGCAUGGUCCUCGCCGGCCAGAUCCUGCAGGGCCUCAACACGACGCUCAACACCGCCGCCAAGUCAAGCUCCGUCAAGGCCAACAUCCAGUUCGGCGCCUACGCCGCCUUCUCCUCCUUCUUCGGCCUCGCGCAGCUGCAAAAGGUGUCGGAGGACUUCACGACCGUCGUCGACUACGCCUCGUCCAUGGUCUUUGAGCUCGUCACCAACGCCACGUCCGCCAGCCCCGCCGCCGACGACGUCUCGGUGCGCUUCCGCUUCGCCAACGGCUCCGCCGGCGCCAGCCAGCUGACGGCCUACCCGCUCUUCGGCCGCGCCGAGACCGUUCUGCCCUGGGCUACCUUCGUCGACGAGAUGCGCCAGUUCGCCAUCGAGGACACCAAGUCGUGGUGCACGGCCUGCGGAAACUCCACCGGCACCUGCGCCACCGCACUGGGUCUGGACGGCUCCGCCGACUCGAACGGGUCCGGCUCCGGCUCUGGCUCCGGCAGCGGCAUCUCGACGCCCGUGGCCGGUGUCAUUGGCGCGCUCGUGACGCUGGUCGUCAUCCUGGGCAUCCAGGCCCUUGUCAUGCUUGUCGGCGGCCUGCGCAUGGUCAAGAAGUCCAAGGUCGCCAAGGAUAUUCCCGCCGCUUCUGCUGUCGAGGAGGUUGCCGGUCGCAAGCAGUAG